UAGCAGCGGUGUGCAUCUCAGCGCUCUAAGCCCGAACCUCUGUACUUUUGCAGACUGCACUCAGGUGUGACGUCGACAGUUCUACGCUGGGAUCUUCCAAGUAUCCAACAAGAAAGAUCACGGAGCGCCUAUCUGCAGAGAAUCUUCGCCAUAUCAGCCGCUGCUGGCGCUGUCAUCUACCAGGAGGCUAUAAGACUGAUCCCCGAAAGCACGCCCAUCACAUUGGCAGCAGUAGCAGCGGUGUGCAUCUCAGCGCUCUAAGCCCGAACCUCUGUACUUUUGCAGACUGCACUCAGGUGUGACGUCGACAGUUCUACGCUGGGAUCUUCCAAGUAUCCAACAAGAAAGAUCACGGAGCGCCUAUCUGCAGAGAAUCUUCGCCAUAUCAGCCGCUGCUGGCGCUGUCAUCUACCAGGAGGCUAUAAGACUGAUCCCCGAAAGCACGCCCAUCACAUUGGCAGCAGUAGCAGCGGUGUGCAUCUCAGCGCUCUAAGCCCGAACCUCUGUACUUUUGCAGACUGCACUCAGGUGUGACGUCGACAGUUCUACGCUGGGAUCUUCCAAGUAUCCAACAAGAAAGAUCACGGAGCGCCUAUCUGCAGAGAAUCUUCGCCAUAUCAGCCGCUGCUGGCGCUGUCAUCUACCAGGAGGCUAUAAGACUGAUCCCCGAAAGCACGCCCAUCACAUUGGCAGCAGUAGCAGCGGUGUGCAUCUCAGCGCUCUAAGCCCGAACCUCUGUACUUUUGCAGGUUAGUAACUGCAUUAUUAUUUUUGCGUAGCUUUUACUCUUACUUUUGAUAUUACCGCUGCUGCUGCUGCCACAGUGAAAUAUGUCUCCGGGAGGGCAGUGCAAAGUAUGUGAAGAAGAGUGCGAUGAUUCAGAGAAAUCAAUGACAUGCAGUGAAUGUGAUUGCACGUACCAUACCGGAAAGUGUGCUGGCGUAUCCGACACUACAGUAAAAUCGAAGGGUGAAGCGUAUCGCAGAGCAUGGCGAUGCACAACAUGCCGACGCUCUACGUCGCGUUCGCAGCUAGCAGAAAAGAUGGCCAAACAACCUGACGCACAAGAUGAUGUACGCGUGUGGUUGAAGACUAUUAAUGACAAGCUGGACCUAUUGCUGCCCCUAAAAGAAUCUGUUGAGAGCUUGGAAGAUGCUGUUCACUUCAUGAGCGAGCAGUACGAUCAGCUUCUAACACGCACGGAAAAAAAUGAACACGAUGUCGCGGAUAUCAAAGGAAGGUUACUAAAGCUUGAAGAACGGGAGGAGGUCACACAGCUUAAGGCCGAAGUUGACUACUUGGAAUGGCAAAGCCGUAAACUAAACCUGGAAUUCCACGGAAUUCCGCAAACUUACAAUGAGAAUUUAUUGGAAGAAAUAAAUGCGCUAGCAGGAAAGGCCGAGCUCCCACAACUUUUGCAACAUGAUAUUGUGGCGAUCCAUCGACUGCCCGCUAAAAAAGGAAAAACGCCAGCUGUUAUUUGUCGCUUUGCCAAACAAAUGAAUCGAGAUGAAUGGUGGCAAAACCGCAAGAAGCUGAGCUGUGUAGAUAAGUUGUUUUUGCAAGAAAACAUAACCAAACGAACUCGUGCACUUCUUUUUGAGGUGAAAAACUGGGCAAAGAUAAACGGUUUCAAGUACGUCUGGCAUCACAAUGGACGAGUCCUCGUGCGCAAAACUGACGGUGAAAAUGCGGUGGCCAUUUCAAGUUCUAGCGACUUGAGUAAACUAAGAUAAGGAACACGGCAGUUUCUGAGAUGACUAAAUGAUAAUCAUGGAUAGCGUCGACGCGGAACGUUACGUCCUGCCGCAUGGCUUUGAAAGGCACCUGGGACCAGUAUAUAUGAAAUCACUGAAGUGUUUUCAUCUAAACAUCCGAUCAGUAAAG